AACUAUAGGUAUUAACUUUGGAUUCAGCUGGAAAGGACAGGACAGGAGUAGUGAUAGCUCUGCUAUUAAUGGUACGGUAUUUUUUUCUCUCUGUAUGCCAUAAGUUGAUAUAUCCCGACUUUAGAUUCUGGGCGUCCGCGAUGAAGUCAUCAUUGAAGAUUAUGCUCUGUCGACUAUUGGCUUGAAAUCUGCAAUGCCAAAGUUGGUGGCACAGUUUGAAGCUAAUAAUCAGGCAUAUAAGGACAAUCCUAUAGGGUUGAAGAACUUCCUUGGUGCAUUGUGAGUUUGCAUUGACCAUAACUCAGGCUGGUUUGCUUAUUAACCGCUCAAGCCCUGAGACCAUGGUUGCGACACUGAUGAUGGUGCGAGAAAUAUUUGGCGGAGCAGAGAAUUAUUGCAAGAAGUAUAUGCAACUGGAAAGCGCGGACAUCAACAAAAUUCGCGAGAAUGUGCUCUCGCCGUUCGUUUUCAUCGAGGGCGUGGACAACGUCCGCAGCAUAGACGCUUUUGCUGGAUCUUCCUCUGUCAAUAUCAAAUCAGGCUUGAUCUAUCGCGGUGCCGACACCAUAGGGAUGACAGAUAUUGGGAAAGCAGAGCUUGAUAAACGCGGAGUCGACACUAUCAUCGAUGUUCGCUUACCUGAUGACUCUGAAACAACUGAUUCGACGAUUGCUGAGAUGCUUGAGGUCUACGAAAAGCACCCACUACAAGCUUUUGUCCAAACAUACGCCGAGACACUGCAAACAAAUGGAGAGGGCUUCAAACGUUUAUUCACUCACCUUAGGGACAAUCCUAACAAGCCGGUUCUAGUCCACUGUUCUGCUGGAAAGGACCGGACAGGGUUAGCAAUUGCUCUGCUUCUAAUG